AUGGCUCUGCACGAUAUCACAUCUAAACACACCUGUAAAGUAAUUAAGACUACAAGUCUAGACAUAGAAGAAAAAAGCGAUAUCUUAAAUUCGAAUGAAGUUCACAGUGAAUUGGUUAUUCAAUCAAAUGAAAACGCCGAUGUAUCAGAAUACCGAUUAGUAUCAUCCUCAUUAGCGGACGAAAAGCAGACAAUUACGAAUGUUAUAUCAUUAACAGAACAUGGCGAUAUCGAAUUAUCUACCCAAACUCUGUCAACAUUAUCAUCGAACAAUGAUAUUAUUACAAGUGCCACUACCUAUAGUAGCUUCCAACUGCAAAUAGGCGAUGUAAAUACCCAAUCAUCCAAUGAUAUACCAUCUUUAUUACAAGAUGUAAAGGCAUCGUCAGUAAUAUCGUUAGAGAUAGAUAGUCGAAUUAUAACAGAAAUAAUUACAGUAAAUCAACAAGUUAGUACAUUUGCAACGUCGAAAAAUCACUUAAAAUCAUCAUCAUUGGAAAACACUCUAAUAAGUACGACUGCAACGUUAACAGACUAUGAUACUAUUGAAAAAUCUAGCGAUAUUCUGUCGACGCUAUCGCCGAACAUUAUUACAAGCUCGCCUAUCUACGAUAGUCUCCAGUCGCAAACAAGCUAUGUAUCUGCUUACUCAGUCGAUACUAGUGUUAGUCGUAUAAUAUCUUUAUUACAAGAUAUACUUACGUCGACAAUAACGUUAACAGAGAUAGAAAGUCAAAGUGCGACGUCGUUAGUUAUAUCAAGUCAACAAGUAAGUACUCUUAUAACGUCGAAAGAUCUCUUAGAGUCAUCAUUACUAGAGAAUAGACAAGAAACUACAUCUAUGUUAUCGUCGACAGCUUACGACGACGAAGAAGAUAAUACGGAAACGUCUAACGAUAUUCUAUCGACGCUAUCGUCGAACAUUAUUACAAGCUCGCCUAUCUACGAUAGUCUCCAGUCGCAAACAAGCUAUGUAUCUGCUUACUCAGUCGAUACUAGUGUUAGUCGUAUAAUAUCUUUAUUACAAGAUAUACUUACGUCGACAAUAACGUUAACAGAGAUAGAAAGUCAAAGUGCGACGUCGUUAGUUAUAUCAAGUCAACAAGUAAGUACUCUUAUAACGUCGAAAGAUCUCUUAGAGUCAUCAUUACUAGAGAAUAGACAAGAAACUACAUCUAUGUUAUCGUCGACAGCUUACGACGACGAAGAAGAUAAUACUGAAACAUCUAACGAUAUUCUAUCGACGCUAUCGUCGAACAUUAUUACAAGCUCGCCUAUCUACGAUAGUCUCCAGUCGCAAACAAGCUAUGUAUCUGCUUACUCAGUCGAUACUAGUGUUAGUCGUAUAAUAUCUUUAUUACAAGAUAUACUUACGUCGACAAUAACGUUAACAGAGAUAGAAAGUCAAAGUGCGACGUCGUUAGUUAUAUCAAGUCAACAAGUAAGUACUCUUAUAACGUCGAAAGAUCUCUUAGAGUCAUCAUUACUAGAGAAUAGACAAGAAACUAUAUCUAUGUUAUCGUCGACAGCUUACGACGACGAAGAAGAUAAUACUGAAACAUUUAACGAUAUUCUAUCGACGCUAUCGCCGAACAUUAUUACAAGCUCACCUAUCUACGAUAGUCUCCAAUCGCAAAUAAGCUAUGUAUCUGCUUACUCAGUCGAUACUAGUGUUAGUCGUAUAAUAACGUUAACAGAGAUAGAAAGUCAAAGUGCGACGUCGUUAGCUAUAUCAAGUCAACAAGUAAGCACUCUUAUAACGUCGAAAGAUCUCUUGGAGUCAUCAUUACUAGAGAAUAGACAAGAAACUACAUCUAUGUUAUCGUCGACAGCUUACGACGACGAAGAAGAUAAUACUGAAACAUUUAACGAUAUUCUAUCGACGCUAUCGUCGAACAUUAUUACAAGCUCGCCUAUCUACGAUAGUCUCCAGUCGCAAACAAGCUAUGUAUCUGCUUACUCAGUCGAUACUAGUGUUAGUCGUAUAAUAUCUUUAUUACAAGAUAUACUUACGUCGACAAUAACGUUAACAGAGAUAGAAAAUCAAAGUGCGACGUCGUUAGUUAUAUCAAGUCAACAAGUAAGUACUCUUAUAACGUCGAAAGAUCUCUUAGAGUCAUCAUUACUAGAGAAUAGACAAGAAACUACAUCUAUGUUAUCGUCGACAGCUUACGACGACGAAGAAGAUAAUACUGAAACAUCUAACGAUAUUCUAUCGACGCUAUCGCCGAACAUUAUUACAAGCUCGCCUAUCUACGAUAGUCUCCAGUCGCAAACAAGCUAUGUAUCUGCUUACUCAGUCGAUACUAGUGUUAGUCGUAUAAUCUCUUUAUUACAAGAUAUACUUACGUCGACAAUAACGUUAACAGAGAUAGAAAAUCAAAGUGCGACGUCGUUAGUUAUAUCAAGUCAACAAGUAAGUACUCUUAUAACGUCGAAAGAUCUCUUAGAGUCAUCAUUACUAGAGAAUAGACAAGAAACUACAUCUAUGUUAUCGUCGACAGCUUACGACGACGAAGAAGAUAAUACUGAAACAUUUAACGAUAUUCUAUCGACGCUAUCGCCGAACAUUAUUACAAGCUCGCCUAUCUACGAUAGUCUCCAGUCGCAAACAAGCUAUGUAUCUGCUUACUCAGUCGAUACUAGUGUUAGUCGUAUAAUCUCUUUAUUACAAGAUAUACUUACGUCGACAAUAACGUUAACAGAGAUAGAAAAUCAAAGUGCGACGUCGUUAGUUAUAUCAAGUCAACAACUUAGUACGCUUGUGACAUCGGAAGAUCAAUCAGUAUUAUCAUUUCAAGAAAGACCAUACUCAUCAGAGAUUACUGGAUUUUCCGAAAAAACUCUACCUCCAUCGUUAUCAACGAUCAAUAUUAUUGAAAGCUCUAUUGUUUUCAAAGAUUUUCAAGUUAAAAGUGCUACAGACUUGGUAUCCUUUCAUUCAAAUAUCAUCUCUUCUGAAGGAUCCAUUACCGUUAUUUCCACAAGUAUUGAGACAAGUUAUCCUUCUACUACCUAUGUGGUACAUCCAAUACUAUUGGAAUCAACAACUAUUGCACCGUCGACUACUUCAGAAGUAACCUCCUCAAGGCUACCUGAUAUCUACGAUUGUUCGAUAAAUACCAAUUUAUGCCAUUCUAAAGCAGACUGUAUUAAUACUUCUGGAUUAUACAAUUGCUUAUGCCGUUCGGGAUUUACAGGAAAUGGAACUUAUUGCGCAGAUAUAGACGAAUGUGCAAAAAACCAACAUGAAUGUCCUAAUAGAUCUGUAUGCAUUAAUAACAUUGGAUCUUACCAAUGCCAAUGCAUGAGCGGAUUUUCGGGUAACGGCACGCUUUGCGAAGAUAUAGAUGAAUGCACAAUGAACCAAUAUCGAUGUCAUAAUAAAUCUAUGUGUAUUAAUAUCAUUGGAUCUUAUCAAUGCCAAUGCAUAAAGGGAUUUUCGGGCAACGGCACAUUUUGUGAAGAUAUAAAUGAAUGCGUGAUAAAUGAAGAUAGAUGUCAUAAUAGAUCUAUAUGUAUAAAUAACAUUGGAUCUUAUCAGUGUCAAUGCAUAAACGGAUUUUCGGGUAACGGCACAUUUUGUGACGAUAAAGAUGAAUGUGCAUUAAACCAACAUGGGUGUCAUAAUAGAUCUAUAUGUAUUAAUACCAUUGGAUCUUACCAAUGCCAAUGUAUGAAUGGAUUUUCGGGUAACGGCACGCUUUGUGAAGAUAUAGAUGAAUGCGCAAUAAACCAACAUGAAUGCCAUAAUAGAUCUAUAUGUAUAAAUAACAUUGGAUCUUAUCAAUGCCAAUGCAUAAACGGAUUUUCGGAUAACGGCACGUUUUGUGAAGACAUAGACGAAUGUGCAUUAAACCAACAUGGAUGUCAUAAUAAAUCUAUAUGUAUAAAUAACAUUGGAUCUUAUCAAUGUCAAUGCAUAAACGGAUUUUCGGGUAAUGGCACAUUUUGUGAAGAUAUAGACGAAUGUCUGGCUAAUGAACAUAGAUGUCAUAAUAGAUCUAUAUGUAUUAAUAACAUUGGAUCCUAUCAAUGCCAGUGCAUAAACGGAUUUUCGGGUAACGGCACGCUUUGUGAAGAUAUAGACGAAUGUGUAACAAAUGCACAUGGAUGUCAUAAUAGAUCUAUAUGUAUAAAUAACAUUGGAUCUUAUCAAUGCCAAUGCAUAAGAGGAUUUUCGGGUAACGGCACGCUUUGUAAAGAUAUAGAUGAAUGUGUGGCAAUUGAACAUGGAUGUCAUAAUAAAUCUGUAUGUAUAAAUAACGUUGGAUCUUACCAAUGCCGAUGCAUAAAUGGAUUUUUGGGUAACGGUACGCUUUGUGAAGAUAUAGACGAAUGUGUGACAAAUCAGCAUAAAUGUCAUAAUAGAUCUAUAUGUAUAAAUAACAUUGGAUCUUACCAGUGCCAAUGCAUAAAUGGAUUUUCGGGUAGCGGCACCCUUUGCGAAGAUAUUGAUGAAUGUUUAGCAAACCAACAUAAUUGUCAUAGCCAGGCGAACUGUAUCAAUGGAAUUGGCUCUUAUGAGUGUUUUUGUAGGGUCGGAUAUACAGGAAAUGGUACAAUUUGUGAAGACGUCAAUGAAUGCAAAAAUGGCAAUCGUUGCCACCCCAAUAGUACCUGUCAUAAUAAUAUUGGCUCAUUUAAUUGUUUAUGUCUAACCGGUUUUAGUGGCAAUGGCACACAUUGUACAGAUGUUGAUGAAUGUGCAACAAAUCAGCACCAAUGUCAUCAACAAGCUAUUUGUAGCAAUAUUCUUGGUUCAUAUGAAUGUAAUUGUCGCUCUGGUUAUAUCGGUAGUGGCACAAGCUGUUCAGAUAUCAAUGAAUGCAAUGGCUUACAUAAUUGCAGCAGUUUGGCAACCUGUUACAAUACCGCUGGCUCUUAUUAUUGUACCUGUAAUUAUGGCUUGCAAGGUAACGGAAUCUAUUGUUUUCGGGAAGGAACUAGACUAUAUCCAUACGGGUUGCAAUUUGGUGAUCGCUCAUUCGGUCGCACUGAUCAGGGAUCGCUUUAUUUAUACUUAUCAGAACCAAUUUAUUUUGUCCAGACAUCGUAUCGAGGAAUUUAUAUAUCUGCCGAUGGUCUCGUUUCGUUGGGAUUUCCGUAUCUUGGUUUUAGACCUAGAAGAUUUCCAAGACCAUUUAACCGAGCUAUAAUUGCGCCUUAUUUUGCUGAUUGUGAUCUUCGAAGUCAAAGUUUAUCUAGUGUUUAUUAUCAGCAGUAUUUUAGCUAUCAAAAUACUCCAAUAGCUAAAGAAAUUAUUAAAAAUGCCACGAAUGAUGUCCAACAAUUUCAACAGAUUGCAGCACAGAAUCCCAAUAAUGCUAUUUAUGGUGUAUUUCGUGAGGUAGUAAGUAACUUUUCAGCAACUCAUGUAAUUGUUAUCACUUGGUAUAAAGUAGUUCCUUACCCUUUCUGGUAUUAUUGGCGUUAUCCUCCUCGUAAGUAUAAUACAUUCCAAUUAGUAUUGAUAUCAAACGGAGAAAAUCUUUUCGGCUUGUUUAACUAUGAAGUCAAUGGUUUUAACUGGUGGAAAAGAACCCCAUGGAUAAGAGCACGUGUCGGCUAUUCUUAUGGUGUAGCACCUUUUUAUUACGAAAUACCUUGGUCGCAAAGAAGAGAUCAAAACCUUCUCAGAAUUGAUCAAUAUCGAGGCAAUACUGGAGAAAUUGGUAAAUGGGCAUUCCGAUUAGAUGAUCCCGAUAUUAAACAUGUUAAUUACGCUAGACGCUGUACUCGCUGGUAUUAUGCUCAAGCCUAUUCUGUUUAUUAUCGACGAACAUUGCCAGCCUGUCCAUGUCGAGCAGCACAAGCAAUUCUAGAUCCUAGAUUUAUUUAUAACCGAAGAACCGGUUGUGCUAUAUCUCGAUUUUCCUUUCCAGGUUGGGGAUGGUGGUGGUUUUGGCCAAGGACAUACUUCUACUUAUGGUCGAGACCGCCAAGGGUCCAACAACGUUGCUGUUAUUCUACUAAUAGAAAUACGGCAGGAGCAUUAAUACGUUCUUAUCCAGGCGGUAGCUCGUUCACUUAUGUAACUCGUUCACUUCGGCAAAACGAUGAAGAAGCUUAUAGUGCGUGUUGUAAAUUGUCGCGAUUAUGUUAUUUAUAUCGAAUUAGAAGGCCAAUCGACACAUGCCGAUUUUACAGGCCACCUCGUUGGUCAUGGAUGUGGGGUGAUCCACACGUUGAAACAUUAGAUGGGAAAAAAUACAGUUUCAAUGGAGUUGGAGAAUACACCCUAAUACGGUCGGAAAAUAAUUAUUUUACUUUUCAAGGACGUACAAAAAGACCUUUCAUUGCUAAUACUACCAAAUUAGCUAAAGCAACUAUUUACACAUCUUUUGCAAUGUCGAAAAAUGAUUCAGAUACUGUUGAAGUCAAACUUAAUGAAAACAGCAAUACGAUCGCGAUCAUUAUUAAUAAAAAUUCUACCUACAAUGAUAGUCAUUUAAUGAAUGGAACAGUGCUAUCAUUUAACAAUAUAGAGAUAUCGAAAUCAAGCACAACUUACAUUAUUUCGUUUACAUCGGGCAUAUCUGCAGAAAUUCAGGCAGUAACAGAAACCUUGGUUGCAUCGAUCGUAACAUCAUCAUCAUUAUUAGGUAUUACUAAAGGUCUACUAGGUACCUAUAAUGGCAAUGUAACGGACGAUUUCUUGCGCCCCGAUGGAACUUAUCUGAGUAUCAACGCAACAGAUGAAGAAAUUUAUCAUCAGUUUGGUCAAUUGUGGCAAAUCGACGGAAACGCGUCGUUAUUUACUUAUCCUCCUGGUAGGGGACCCGGUUACUACAGUGAUCCGUCUUUUGUACCAAAUUUCUCCAAGGAUAUCAAUUCCUUAUUUGAAAAUAAUACUCAACUCAGAGAUGAAGCUGUCAAAUCUUGUAACGGAGAUGCUGCUUGUCUAUUUGAUGCGGCAGAAACUUUAAGUUUAGCUGUCGCUGUUGGGAGUAAGAACGUUUCAGAAAGUAUCGCGACUGCACAGAAAGAUAUAAAUAUAUUUCCGCCAACAAUAACUGGUGAAAGCAUCUUUAAUGUAACUUUUGGCCAAGUUUUUACUACAGUAUUAAAUAUUUCUGAUGGAAAUAGCAAUAAGAUGUUGGAAUUAAAUGCUGCAAAUUUACCUCCUGGUGCAUCAAUUGAUAAUGAAACUUUUGUAUUUACCUGGAAUGUUACCACUUACAAGAAUAUUUCCUUUGAAUUUACCGUCAUUAACUCGCACAAUUUAUCUGCUAUAUUCAAACCAGCUAUCUUCAUGUGUUAUUGUGCUAAUAAUGGAACCUGCCAAUACGAUUCCGAAUCAAUAACUAUAAAUGAUACUGGAUAUGCUGUCUGCCAAUGUGCUUCAGGAUGGGUCGGUUCGUUUUGUACUCAAGAUUUAGAUGAGUGUGCUGGCAAUCCUUGUUAUGAGAAUGUUACUUGUACGCCAAUGCAAGCACCAGCUACUGGUUAUACAUGUGGACUAUGUCCCGGUGGGCUGCAAGGCGACGGAGUUAAGUGUUAUGAUGUUAACGAAUGUGAAACAGGUGCAAGUUUAUGUAACCAAACCUGCGUUAAUACCGUUGGAUGCUAUUCAUGUCUUUGCAAUGCAGGAUUUGAACUUGAUGCAAACAAAUUUGAUUGCAAAGCUAUUAUAUCAUGUAGCUCCAUUUCAAAUAACUGUUCACAAACAUGUGCAGUGAUUAACAAUAAAAUAGCUUGCAGCUGCAACGAAGGAUUUAAUUUAGCUACUGAUCAAGCUACCUGUCAAGAUCAAGAUGAAUGCACUAGCAAUCCUACUAUCUGUGCUCAUAAUUGCACAAAUACGGUAGGAAGUUAUAAAUGUAGCUGUAGAAAUGGAUAUCAACUUCGUGCUGAUGGAAGGACUUGCCAAGACAUUGAUGAAUGUACUAAUAUAACGACUUGUCCCCUCAACACCAUUUGCACUAAUACUCCUGGUUCAUAUGAGUGCCAGUGCGUUGAUGGCUUUCAGUUUAUUGGAACAGAAUGCGAAGACAUAGAUGAAUGUAGCCGUCCGGAGCUUAAUGCAUGCAACCGCUAUGCAUCUUGUGUAAACUUUGCUGGUAGUUACAACUGUCUAUGUAAAAGCGGUUUUGAUGGAAAUGGAAUUGUUUGUACUGACAUCAAUGAAUGCAAUAACAUUAACAACUGCUCAAGCAAUGCUCAGUGCCAGAACGAUAUUGGUAGCUAUCGCUGUAUUUGCAGAAAUGGAUUUACUGGCAAUGGAUUUACUUGCACAGAUAUCAACGAAUGCGACAACUUAUCAAGCUGUAGGAGAGAGGAGAUCUGCUAUAAUACUCUUAGUAGUUAUUAUUGUGCAUGCAAGAAAGGAUUUUAUUUGGAUUCCAAUACGAAUAGUACAACGCAUUGUAAAGCUGGCCUAUACUAUGUUGGAGAAAUUAAACUUAAUGGUAGAUUUACCUCUGAUUUAAGCAAUAAGGGUAGUCAGGCUUAUUUAUUAUUAACCACUGAAACCGUUAAUAAGCUAAAUGCAGCAUUAUUAGCGGAUAUUAGAACUCAAUAUACAGUUCGGCAAUUGAUCAUUACCAACGUGAGGCCUGGAAGUAUAGUUAUCGAUUUUUCUAUAACGCUGCUACCAAAUGCUACAUCAGUAACGGCUCAAUUUCUGGAUAGUGUUACCAAUCGAAGUAUCAAACAAAUCGGCAACUAUCCGGUUGCGCUAAUUACUUUUCAAGAUUAUGACCAAUGCGCCGAUCCUCAAGCCAAUUCUUGUUCCAAAUUGCAAAAUUGUACGAAAAAACCAGGGACAUAUGGGUGCACUUGUAUUAAUGGCUAUCAACUAGACUUACAAAGCAACAAUUGCCAAGAUAUCGAUGAAUGCUUGGUUCCAUCUAGAUGUGCAAACAAUAGUAUUUGCAUAAAUGAACCAGGAGGAUUUCAGUGCCAGUGCUUAGACGGAUAUAGUGGUAAUGGCCUAACUGAAUGUAGAUCAUUAUGUUCAAGUAAUCUAUGUAAAAACGGUGGAACAUGUUUUUACUCUAAUGGCACCUCUCUUUGCAAUUGUUCAGCCGGAUUUGAUGGCCAAUAUUGCGAAAGCACAAGUGUACUCACUAUACCAACACUUGGAAUUGCUUUCGGUAUAGCUGGGGGAGUUUUGAUAUUGAUUUUAACUCUAAUCGGCGUAUUUGUCUUUUAUCAUCGCAAUAAAAAGGCAAGAAGUAAAGCAGAAUGUGGAAAAAAUAGUGGCAAUGCCUCAAUUGCUUCCAGUGCUUCGAGUAAUAGUGAUGUAGAUGAUCCAACCCAACAUCAUGGACAACACCAAUCACAAAGAAUUGAGAGUGUUAUAUCUUUAUUUUCUGAGAAGCGCUAUCGAAGUAGCUAUUAUCAAGGAAUUAGAUCAGACGAACAAAGUAGUACUGAUAGGACAAAAAGAAAAGUUCCCAAAGCAGAGAAUAUAGAUUUAGUAAAAAAUUCAAAGAAAAAAGGUGUAAAGGAGAAGCUACAACGAGUGAACAGAAACUAA